GUCGCGCUGUUAUUAUUUCCAAAACUUGAUGUCCAGAUUUUUUGGGAUAAGACAAUCCAGCCAAGGGCAAUUCGUUUGAAAUAUAACAUUCAUUGAGUAAUAACAAGAACAAAGAUAAUAAUACAUCAAAAAAUCUUGGAUAGGAGACAAGACUCUUGUCACAAGAGGUUAUUUUUGACACUGUGUUGUUUAGGGAAGGUAAUGUCAUCUGAAGACAGCUUAAACAUGCUUGGUGGACAUUCUCUUGCUCAACAACAACCCACCGGUCUCCUUCCACCCCCUCCAACACCCACUCAGCUCGGUUCCGGGGGGACAGGCUCCUCAAAUCAAAGCUCUUCUAGCUCCAAACAAGGAGCGUCGUCCUCCGCCACAGUGAAACCAAAUUACUCGUUAAAAUAUACUCUUGCGGGUCACACAAAGGCAGUUUCUUCAGUGAAAUUCAGUCCUAAUGGGGAGUGGCUAGCAUCUAGCUCGGCAGACAAGCUGAUAAAAAUUUGGGGGGCGUAUGAUGGUAAAUUUGAGAAAACCAUAUCCGGUCACAAGUUGGGUCUUUCGGAUGUAGCCUGGUCUAGCGAUUCGAGACUUUUAGUGUCAGCUUCGGACGAUAAAACGCUCAAGAUAUGGGAGUUAAGUUCGGGAAAAUGUCUCAAAACAUUAAAGGGUCACAGUAACUAUGUGUUUUGCUGCAACUUCAAUCCUCAAUCAAACUUGAUUGUGUCCGGAUCGUUUGACGAAAGUGUACGAAUUUGGGACGUUAGAACGGGCAAAUGUCUAAAAACCCUACCGGCUCAUUCCGAUCCAGUUUCUGCUGUUCAUUUCAACAGGGACGGAUCUUUAAUUGUGUCUUCCAGUUAUGACGGUUUAUGCCGGAUAUGGGAUACUGCAUCUGGACAGUGUUUGAAAACAUUAAUAGACGACGAUAAUCCUCCCGUCUCGUUUGUCAAAUUUUCCCCAAAUGGAAAAUAUAUUUUAGCAGCUACUCUGGACAACACGCUCAAAUUGUGGGACUAUUCGAAGGGAAAGUGUUUAAAGACCUACACCGGACACAAGAAUGAAAAGUAUUGCAUUUUUGCCAAUUUUUCAGUGACGGGGGGAAAGUGGAUUGUAUCCGGAUCUGAGGACUGUCUGGUAUAUAUCUGGAACUUACAAACAAAGGAAAUCGUCCAAAAGCUUGGUGGUCACACAGAUGUUGUUCUAUGCACUGCUUGUCAUCCAACAGAGAAUAUCAUUGCAUCUGCUGCCCUCGAAAACGACAAGACAAUUAAACUAUGGAGAAGCGACACGUGAAGAAUUAUCUUGUUUGUAUCGAUAUAUAAAGUUUUACACUGCAGACAUAUGUAGUACGUAUUCCAGACUGUCAACUGUAGCUAAUUACGUCGAUGCUAAUAUUUGAAUAACUGUAAUGGAUUAUAACAUAACAUGACUGGAACAUAUCUACUUAUCAGUUUGUGAACCUAUAUAUUUAAAAAUUUUAUUAUUAGAGGUCAGGGACUCUAAAAUUUAUUUGAAGCAAAAGUUGACGAGUUGAUGAAUUUUAUUGAAUGGAGAUAACUGUGCAGUAUGUUAUAUGCUAUAAGCGAUAAGCUGUGGCCAAUUUUGGCUGCGAUAUCUUGUAUUUCCCAUGUUGAACAAGUACCUAUUUGCCUACAUUAUUUGUGUACUUGAAAUGUAGAAAAAUUAUUGCAAAAAAUACACUAAAUAGUGAGUAUGUGUUGUGGUGAUGGAUGUUUUCUACUAUACUAAUUAUAUUUUUAAUAAAAUUAUGAUAUUUAUUUAUCCUACUGCUAUUUAA